UGUCUGCUGUUGCAAUGGCGUUUGCUGCGACAGCACUUUCCGGCAGCAGGGAAAUCGAGGAGAAAGCAGCGACAAACGUCGCCAGCGGAUACGUGAUCGCCUCAGAAUCCUUGGAUUUAUGCGAUAUUCGGUGAACUAACUUGUAUAUUGAUUGUAUAUCCUUUCGCCUUGUGGAUGAGCUUGUGUUCAACGUUUUCCAAGCGUGAAUCUCCACCUUAAUGCGGUGGGAUGGCCACAGUGCCGCCUGGGCCUAGUAGCGCACUGCCUUCAUCCCCGGCUGAAAUUCCUCCUUUCCCCGGGGCUGGGAGCGCGGAGCCGGCGGUGGAAGACGGAGAGCCGGCUUGUCACAGGGAGGACUGUGUAACCGCCAGUACAGGGAAGACGUCGGAGCCGGUAAGCGAAGUCAAUAGGUCGGUUAAUAAGAAGCAAAAAAACAUGCUAGCGCGAGCUAGCCCGGCGGCGCUGCACCUCAAAAUGCAAGCCCGAGAGCAGCAGCUAAACGGCUUGGCCUGCCCCUUAGAGGACGCUGACAGCCACCAACACACAGGAAACCGGCCUGACAAUCCGAGACCGUCCGUGGACAACUGUGACAGCAGUAGCAGCAGCAGCGGCAGCAAUGAGGAGGCUCCAGCCGCUAGACACAAUAGUGAGCAUUGCCAACAUGAAGGCCACAGCCCCUUCUCCAAAAACGGCAGUCACUCUCCCCUAGUUAACAAUAGCAUGAACGGGAUGCCGGGUUAUACAAGAACUGAGGACGGGGACGAAGGGAAAGAGGGGUUUGACCUCACGGAGCCACCGAGACCGCCCAGCAUCGAGCCGCCGGAUGCCGGGCCCGGCGGAGAGGAGAGCCUCGCUGACCCGCAGCAACCGCCCGCCGCGGAGCUGGCCCGGCUCGACCUCAGCAGCUCUCCCGGCCGAGCGGAAGAGGACAGCCACGGCAUUCGCUAUGUCCGCUAUGAGUCCGAGCUCCAAAUGCCGUGGAUCAUGAGACUGAUCACCAAGGACUUGUCUGAGCCUUAUUCAAUUUACACCUACAGGUACUUCAUCCACAACUGGCCGCAGCUCUGCUUUCUGGCCAUGGUGGAGCAGGAGUGUGUCGGAGCCAUCGUAUGUAAGCUUGACAUGCACAAGAAGAUGUUCCGUCGUGGCUACAUCGCCAUGCUGGCCGUGGACUCAAAACACAGAAGGAAAAGCAUCGGUACUAAUCUGGUGAAGAAGGCCAUCUAUGCCAUGGUGGAGGGUGACUGUGAUGAGGUUGUAUUGGAGACUGAAAUCACCAACAAAUCAGCCCUGAAGCUGUACGAGAACUUGGGUUUUGUCAGAGACAAGCGGCUGUUCAGAUACUACCUAAACGGAGUGGACGCGCUGCGGCUCAAACUGUGGCUCCGCUAGAGGAAAGAAGAGGGGACGAGGGAAGACGGACAGCGGGUGCUGUUCACUUUGUACACUAUCGGCUUGACAGUCUCAGCUCUGCCCUGGUCAUUUCACUCUUAUAUAUACGCACACACACACACUCACACACACACACACACCUGUGUACAAACAUAAGGAGUAUGCAUAUAGGGAUGCAUAGACACGCAAACACACCCUCUUUUUGUCCUUGGCCUCUAAACAACUGUUGUUUAGGCAGAAACGAACUGACAUCCCACCUGAUGUUUUCAUGAAGGUGCCCCUGAUACUGUCUGUGAUGAGGAGUGGGGCGAGUGAGGGUGGACCCACAUUGAACCGGGACGUUAGGUGUGAGGCAGCUUAAGUGAUAACGUGCGUCCGAAACCCCAGAGGACACGGCACCACACCAAAUCCUCCUGCAGAACACGGGGGAAAAAACGACUUAAUGAAAACCAACAAGACGUGAAACAAGGAAGCGGGGCAGUAAAAAAAAAAAAAAAAAAAAAAAAACAGACUGGGAAGAUAAAUAUUUGUUUAUUUUUGUGUUUCUUUUUUUAACCUUGUGAGUUGGACGUGGGGACGGAAAAAGCUAUAGUAUGACUGUGUGUUUGGAACGCCUCAUGUUCUUAUCAUUUGUUUUUGUUUUUGGCUUGUUUUUGUGUGCAUGUGUACGUGGCGUGGGUGGUUUCACUGUGAGCAAGUGACCGUGCGAGGUCAUGCUUGGUUGGAAUUGUGCGUACUGUUUGUAUGUUUGUGUUUCCAAUCCUGUCGAGUGGCGCGGCAGCUCCCCUGCUGCUGUUUCCAUCACCUGCCUCAGCCUCCAGGACUGAAAGCCUGUAAAGAUAUGCAUGCAUUUAUUUUAAUGUGAGUGCGGGGGAAAAGAGUGAAGAGUGUGUGUUGAUUAACCCAGUCUGAGGCUAACCCCUCCGAAAACCCUUCCUGUGUUUGGUGUAAGCAUGUUGGUGCAGAGCAGGUGAUUGAAAACACAUCACUCCAUUAGCACCUGAACUAUGCCCAGCUGGUGGAUCUGCCACCUUUUUUGCUUCAGUGUCCUUCACUAAAUCUCUCACCAUAAAACCCUGACAGUAUGGGCGAGGACUUGAAUUUCUUUUCUUCCUAUUAUUGCAGAUCAGAACUUGUUUCCCCCCUCCCCCCCGAGUGCACUGCCAGCUGCUGCAAAAUUCCCCAAAAAAGGAGAACAUUGACUCUUUUAAAGAAACUCCUUGCCAAUGAUGGUAUGGUCAAAUGUGUCCUAGCCGUCUGUUUACUCCUUUUUUUUUUUUUUUUUUUUUUUUUAGAUUAUUCGUCUGUUUCUCCUUGUUGCAAGUGCCACUCAAUCCAUCAGCGCUCUCAGCCACAACUGCAGUGACGAGCCCGCUAACGGGUGUCACACGGCAUCCUCGGCACCAGACCAGAGGCAAAGUGUUAUAUAUGCUGGAAUGCUGUGUGUGUGUGUGUGUGUGUGUGUGUGUGUGUGUGUGUGUUUAUCUGUUGAUUAAAAAAAAAAAAGGAAAAUAGACAAGUAUUCUUAGCAUAUUAUAUUUUAUUCUUUUGUUCGCUUUCAGUUUGUUUAGGUCUUCUAAUAUACACCUGUAUAACCUCACGCUGAUAAGCCGGCUGAGUCCACAAUGCACUUCCCAGGUGCCCUAACUCGAUGCACAACCAACCUCGCUAAUGUUUUAAGAUCUCCAACAUGUUCCAGUCCACACUUAUUAUGGCAAAGAAUGUUUGCUUCAACCGUUUUUUUUUUUUUUUCUUCUUCAAAGUAACAUGAACAAAGGUCAGAUGCAGUGUGUGUGUGUUUACGUAUGAAUGUGCCCGUGUGUGUCCUGUUAUUUUGACAAUGGUGUAGAUCUGUUAGACUUCUAUUUCUCUAUUUAGAGGCACCCGCACAGGAAAAUCAUAGCCUUUGAGGUGCUGUGUUUUGUUCCAGCCUUAAUGAGGACAACAGGGAGGAACAAAUCACACACUUUUCUCAAAGCUCUCCAGGAUUCGAGUUAGUGCUGUGAUAGAAAAAGGCAGGAGACAGUUUGGUUGAUAGUUGAGUUGGAAAAUAACCCCUAACUCCAGCUUUGCACUUUCAAAGUCAAACUGGGAAAACAACCGAGAUCACAGGUUGCUAAUGCAAUUUUAACUGAACUUCAAAUUAUGCAAUUGGACUUCUGCGUGCUCAUAUCCUGCCUCCAGUAUUCAGAGUAGAAAGCACUGCAAGACACUGCCAUGUGGCACAAGCUGAGUAAAUUCUGCUACAAAAUAUUGACCACAGAACAAACAAAAGUCUCCAGCAAACAUUCAUGGAAGUCAAACGUUUUAAUGAUUUAAGGACUGAUGAGCGAGUCUCCAUUAAUAACACCACAGGACCUCGUUCAUGUUUUGGGUUUAUUUCCCCCGUACAGCUGUCCAGCUGAGAGCUUUCAUCCCAGGAGCCCAGGACGGAAGGGGAGAAUAGAGGUUUACAGAGUUGCCACCCUCAUAACAGCCUGUGUAUGUACGUCUGUGUCUGUGUGCAUUUAGAACAAUGGUGAUCAGAUGACCUUUUUUUCAGAUUUGUAUACGAGUGCUGUUCUAUUCCUCGGAUAUAUUGAGAGAAUGUUUUUUUUUUUUUGUUUUUUUUUGUGUGAAUCAUUGUUGGGAAAGGGGCAGUUUGGGUUGAUUUAUCAGAUUUGGUUUUAAUUUUAAUUUCUGUGCUACUUAAGCCCAUCCGGAGGUGUAACGAGAAAUAUGAGCGCUUCAUAGUGGGCAUACGAACGCUCUAGACCCUGAACACCCAACUAUUGUCUUUACUGCUCAUCUGACACUGUUUAGAUUUCAGUUAUCACCCCGUGAUAAGGUUUAAAAACGUCUGUCCUCUUGUGUCCCCUCACUCUCUGCGCCUUUUUAUUUUUAUUUUUUUUAUACAGUGACUACUGAUGGAUGAAAGGACAGGAUAGGCAACCCCUUACAAAAUGAACAUUACUCGUUCUUUCAAACCAGCUGUCGGUAUAAAGAGGUGUUUUAGAUUUUGAAGGAAAAGUGUCUGUUAUUUUCUGUCUUUUUUGUUUUGUUUUUAGUCCUGUGAAACUCUGGCAGUUCCAUACGGGCAUUACAGCCUGUCACAAAGAGCUAAAGGGCUCCGUUUAGCUCAUGAUCACAGACUGAAGGGCUUCGUCAUCGAUAUCAGUUCAUAGCCAUGGCCUGUGGUCUUGUUUUACCCAGCUCUCUAUCUCUCUGACAAUGCAUUUGUAAUAGGUUCUGACUUGACAUGCCAGUUCAGUGUUCACAGAUGUCAGAUGCAGUUUCAUUCCUCCCCCCCCCCCCACCCUCUCCUCCUGAACGUCCCGCUGUGCUAUCCAGGUAACAAUUGCACUCCCCGCUUCUCUCUCGUCACCUGGGGUGACAUCUGCCAUCCCACAUUUCUAGUGUUAACCAUUAUAAAUUCCCCCAGAAACCAGUUUGCUGGUCAAAUAAACAGCGUUUGUCUUGGCUGUCGUGCUGCACCACAAAAAGCUGUGGUCCCUACAACCAACCACAGGCCAGCACCGCCUCCACCGCCAUCCACAAAGUGUGCAAAGGGGAGAGCAAAAGGUUUUUCUGCAUGUCAGAUUUCUGUUUUCCCUGUCCCCUCUCUUGAUUUUGAUCUGGAAAUGUCCGAAAGCUUUUAUUUAAUGUGGAAAAAGAACACAGAAAUAAAUUAUUUGAUUUUUUUAAUGUUGUAAA